AUGGAUGGGAAGACACGAUUCCGAGAGGCUCUAGUGUCUUGUUUGGAGGUUAUGCGGCCGACGUAUGAGCAAUUAGAGAAGUAUGCUAAUGAAAAUAAACCCAAGCUGACUCCCGGUAUCCGAGAACUGGUCGCCUUGUUGCACAGACGUGGCACUGACGUGUUUCUUGUAUCUGGUGGUUUCCGACGGCUCAUUGAACCAGUGGCUGACAUGCUAGGCAUUGACAGAAAGCGAAUCUAUGCCAAUCAGAUAUUGUUUGAUAAGAAUAAGAACUAUGCCGGUUUUGAUAAAAAUGAGCCUACGAGUGAUUCGGGUUGUAAGAAUGUUGGUAAACCAGCUGUGAUGACCUUGUUGAAGCAAAUGGGUUACAAACAACUGGUUAUGGUUGGUGACGGUGCCACUGAUCUAGAAGCAGCACCACCGGCUGAUGCCUUUAUCGGUUUCGGUGGAAAUCAGGUCCGAAGAAUUGUUCGAAUUCGAGCAGACUGGUUUGUGACGGAUUUUGACGACCUACGUGACGCGCUGAAAUGGGAUCUCACAGUACCUUACUAUAACAGCAAAUUAUAG